UUGUUGACAUAUUUCGUCAUACGAAGAGGCGUGAAACGUCAGCGUCGGCAAGGCAACGGGCUGAUCGGCUUUGUUGCUAUUCGGUGCCAAAUAACAAAAAGAAAAUCGUGUUGAUGAAAGUAUAUUAAAACAGAUAAAGAAAAAUGGCUUUUGUUUUUAGAAAUGCUGUUCGGAGUUCAAAGCUGGUGACACAGGCUUCGCGAUCUUUUUCUAGCAACGCCACCAAAUUCGGUCCCAUCAAAAAGCGACUUGUUGUUGUCGGCGUUGGAGUUGUUGCUGUGUCAACAGGGGUGUAUUUCAACUACGAUAAGGUAAAUUCACUUUUAAGCUUAUUUAGUUCCAAAUUCGUCGUCAAAGCUGGACGUAAUGAAGAAAAAGGUCCCUGCAAGUUAAAAGUGUCCAAACCCUGCGGCCAAAAGCAACAACAGAAAAAGAAAGAAUGUUGCGAAUACCAGCCGAACAUCAUUUCGCCUGUCAAAACAAACUCGCUGUUCUUGUGGAUUACCCUGGAACCCGGGGCGGACCCUGCUGCUGUUGCCUGCUCGGCUGUUCGACUGGAAGAAGCGAUCGAAGCCUCCAAGAACCCGUGUGGGUGCAAUGACGAGAUUGUGGCCGGUGUGGGCUUCGGGCCCAACUUCUACGCCCAGGUGAUGGGCCAAAGUUGCGGGAAGAACUUCGCCUACCGCAGUAGGAAAGGAAAGAACGGCGAGAUGCCUUGCACCGACGGCGACAUAUUCGUGCACGCCAAAUGCGACAACCGCGGCCAACUGUUUGACUUCUGCAAGCACUACAUGCACGGGUUUCCAGAGUGUAGCAUUCUGGAAUUUGCUGACGAUUACGGGUUCGACUACAAAAAUGGGCGCGACAUUUCUGGUUUCCUUGACAACCAGACCAACCGCUGCAAGGAGGAGGGGCUGAAGGAGGUCGCCAUUGAUUGUGAGACUGGCGGGAGCUACGCCCUGACCCAGAAGUGGGUCCACGACUUCUGCGUCGUUGAUGAUGACCCAUGUCAACUCGAACAGUAUAUCGGCAGAGAACUGAACAGCGGAGCGGAGCUGGAAAACAAAUCGCCAUCAAGUCACGUGGCUAGGAUGAAUGGCAGCACAGAGAAGGGGGCAACCCCGACCUACGAGAUUGUGCGCCAGUCCCAGAGCUACGGCAAAUUUGCUAAGAAAGCUGGCAUGUUUUUCAUCGCUUUCGCCGCUGACCCGUGCACGUUUGAUUGUUUACUGGACCGUAUGGUGGGCGCGGCCUGUGAUGGUGAACACGAUGACGUCCUAAAGAUCAGCAAGAACGUCAAGGGAAACUACUGGUAUUUCCCUGGGAUGAAAGAGCUCGAGGCACUCAAGGGCUCAGGGGAGUGAAUCCACUUGAUGCUGCAAGCGACAUGAAAAAAAUAGUUCAUUUUUAUUUUUAUAUUUAUUGAUACAUUACAUUAUGAUAGGGAUUUAUUUUGUCCACACUAAAACAAGAACAUAGUUUUAGGAAAAUGAUUUUAGGUUUUAAGACGACAGACAAUAAUUAGGGGCAGAAAAAUCUUAUGUGUGAUUGAUAAAUGAAGAAUUUCUGGUUGGAGUUAAAGAUGUCCGCGAACUAUUUGCUUUUUAACAAACUUCUUGGUUGAGAAUUUGGUGAAUUCCCGAUGUUUGUUGAUUUAUAUAUAACACCUAGGUGAUUCCCCUUUUACGUGUCAUUAUAAAUACUAUAUCGUUGGCGUGGGUUUCUGAUUCAAUGAAUAUCGACAGUGUAUAGGGUAACUUAUUUUAAGGGCGUACUGCAUAUGAUAGACAUAGAACCACAGAUAAAUUAAUCGAUUUUUACGAUAAACAUAACCGUUUAGUCUUAUAUUUGAAAACAAUAUUUUUGACCAACUAUUUAUUUUAAUUUUCCUUAUCAUUCAAGUAUUGUAUUAAAAUAUUUUUAAAAAAAAGA